AGUCUCCUCCCAUGCCACCGUCGUGAUCACUAAGCCUGGGCCAACCACCCUUCUUUCUUCGCAAAUUCAGAGGGUGUUUUCGGUAUUCAGCACUCUAACCCGCCACGUAGGACUGACACGUGGCGACUUGUACCCUUCUCUCAUCCUUGCCUAUAAAUGAUCAUGCCUUCUAGCCCCAUCCAUAUCCCAUCCUCGUUCACCGCUGCACCCGCUAACAACCACAGCAAUCCUCCUCUCUGCGCCACCACCGCUCGUCGGAAAAUACACGCCGGAGGUUAUGGAUGCUCCGGCCAUCGUUGUUGAUAUUGAUUUCGUUAGGAACAACCUCUCGUCGUGGUGCCGUCGCUUGUUUGGGAGACCCAAUCGUAUCUGGUAGAAACCCUAAGCAAAAGCGACUUUACUUAGCAGAGUUUUCAAGUUAUUCCAUGCUUAGUCUCGCAAACCAGACUUUAAUUAUCGCUGUAUAAAAAAUCCGAAAAAGGAAAGAAGAGUCGUUUGCUAGAACAACAUUUAAUAUUUUAUUUUCUUUUUUUUUUAUAAUUUUUUUCUCAUUCUGCUAAAAUUUUAGGUUUCUAGUCAACUACUGCAAAGUUGUUCGUGCUUGAAUAUUGAAAUUGUCAAAAGCAGUUCUGCUUCUGCAGAAUUUCAGAGAUUUAACUAGCUUUGAAAUCGUAUUUUUCUGUGUUCUGACUCUCAAUUUAAAAUUAAGCUCGAGCUUCGAAAAUGAACGAGACCAAGAGUUGAGACUCGAGAGGCUCUGAUUUUGUUCUGAAGCCAUUCUUAUCACCAUCGUCGUCGUCGUCAUGCCUUUCACAAUGAAGAUCCAACCGAUUGAUUCUCACGCGCCUCAGGAGGAGACUAGGCUUGAGCCGGUCAAGCCGGUGGUCAAGUCGCGGCUGAAGCGGCUCUUUGAGCGCCAGUUCUCCGGCGUUCUCCGGAAUUCGCCGGCGGAGAAGGUCAGCGGCGAGGAGUCGCAUUUAGGCAAGGAUGGCUCGAACAACGGCUCAGCUGAUUGGGAACCGAGCUCGGCAUGUCUAGCGAAAAUGGUGCAGAAUUUUAUGGAAGAGAAUCACGAGAAGCACUCCGUUUCCGUCAAAUGUGCACGUAACCGCUACAUCUUCUGUGAUGACAGCUCAGACGCCGAAACACAUUCGCUUGGUGGUUUCAGCGACUCAUACUAUUCGUCGUCCGGUGAAGCGUACGAAAUCCUCAAGGGUUUGGUGGCAUGUUCGAGUGUGUAUGAAAGGAAUUUGUUAGCGGACAUCACUAAGAUAAUUGAAAAGAACAAAACAACAUGCAAGCGCAAAGAUGAUUGUUGCAGAAAGAUUGUUUCUGAGGGUUUGUUAGCUUUAGGAUUUGAUGCUUCAAUCUGCAAAUCUCGGUGGGAUAAAUCACCUUUUUGUCCAGCGGGUGAAUAUGAAUACAUUGACGUGAUAAUGGGAAAUGAGCGGGUGGUGGUUGACGUUGACUUGAGAUCGGAAUUUGAGAUUGCUCGACCGACCAAGACGUACAAGGCCAUUCUUCAAACGCUUCCCCAUGUAUUCGUGGGCUCGUGCGAUCGGUUGCACAGCAUCGUAGCCAUCGCAUCAGAGGCAGCGAAACUGAGUUUGAAGAAAAGGGGCAUGCACGUUCCGCCGUGGAGGAAAGUUGAAUACGUCAGAGCAAAAUGGUUCUCCCCUUACACCCGCGGAGUCAAGGAGGAAAACCAAGAAAAGCAGAAACUUUUGAUGGGAAAUGGUAGUAACAAGUCUGAACAGUCGGGGUUAACUGGGUCUGAAACUUCAUGUGAAGAUGAUGUUAAUGUUAAGUCAAAGCUUUUGGUUCAAUGGAAGCCACAGGAGAUGAAACCCAAGAGCUCACAGUCUGGUUUGGCAGCUGCCUUCCAUGAAAACCCAUAAAAUUUUGAUUUUCUUUUGGGUUUCCUUUUUUUUUUUAAUAUAUAGAAUUUUGAUUCUCUGGUGGGAGGAUUUAGAUGUAAAAGCUUGUGUAAGUAGUAGUGAAAUAGCUCUAUGCCCUUCUGUUUUUUUUUGUAAGGGAUGGGUUUUACUCAUAUGAACAGAAUAAAGGUGAAAUAUAUAAUUAGUUAUGUG